AUGCAAUUUGAUGAAAAUGGAAAAGCUGUUAAACAAUACAUUGGAGAAGGUGAACAUGGUCCAAUUAAUUCAUACCGUCAUAAUCCAUAUUCUUAUUUCAAUGAAGAAUUAAACGCUAUUGAAGAAGGACCGGAUGGAUUACCACGAUAUGUUAAUCAGUUUGAUGGUCAAUAUGCAAAUUUGAGACCUGAAAUUCCAGCUAAGAAAUUCUUUAAAGUUGCUUUAUUCGAUCCAGUGUUCAAUGAACAGAAAGAAGCAAUGAAAGCAGAAUUUAAACCAAUUCAAGUGGCAAGAAUUUCUUCAUCUUCACUUUCAGAAGCGUUCAAGGAAUUGAUAAAGAAACCACUUUAUCCUCAACAA